CAUAACCACUGGUCGACGUGGUAGUGUAGUCUUAAUAAAUAAUAAUAAAUAAAAAUAUAUAAAUKUUUAAACCAAAAUGGAAAAGUGGAAUGGAAAAGUUGCUGUAGUAACAGGUGCUUCUUCUGGAAUCGGAGAGGAGACUUGUAGACAACUGGUUAAAAAUGGAAUGAUUGUUGUUGGUUUUGCUAGAAGAGAAGAUAAACUUCAGGAGUUAGAAAAGAAUUUAAAAGGAAAUGUUGGCACAUUUUAUUACGUUAAAGUUGAUUUGUGUUCGGAAGAAAACAUUUUGGAAGCUUUUAAUUGGGUAAAAAGAACAUUGAAAUCGGUUGACGUACUAAUUAACAAUGCAGGUGUCUGGAAGCCAAGUGAUUUAUUAGGAAAUACGAAUGAUUGGAAACAAAUGUUUGACACCAAUGUCAUAGGUUAUAACAUUUGUAGCAGAGAAGCCAUCAAUAUCAUGGAGGAAAUAAAAAUCAAAGAGGGUCAUAUAAUAAAUAUUAACAGUGUUGCAGGUCAUUUCCAAAUGCCAUAUAUGAAAGAUAUUUCAGUUUAUUCCGCUACCAAACAUUGUGUUACUUCAAUUACAAACGAUUUAAGAGAAUUGAUGGGCAUGAAAGGUUUACCCAUCAGAGUCACGAAAGAUGUCCGAAUGUUUGAUGAAACUUUUGUGUCAACAUCCAGACAAACCACUAAUAGRCUUCAGAUAUAA